UUUGCAGUUUUUACUCUUACUGUCAAUCUAGAUUGGGAAUUCUACAUUUUUCGAACAUGAGGAAUUUUCAUUAUUAGAGAAAAUUUUAAUCUAAAAUUCGUUGUUUUGAGAAAAUUGCGAAUUGUAAAUCAUAGAAAAUUGAAGGAGGAGCAUAAUUGAAAACGACUGCGAUGUCAACAUUCCGGAGUAUUUAUUCCCCAAUCAAAUCAUCGAAAAGUAUACUGAAUCGACUGGAUUCGUGCAGGUCAAUGCUGCGGUCACCUGUCACUGGUAGUCCUUCUCUGAAUGCAAUAAGACAUUUCACCGGCCUGCAACGAAAUCAGCAUAGAGUCCUACCUCCUACCUCCUAUUCGAAUCGUACUCUCGUGGCUGGAAUAUCCAGAAGAGACGUUUCUCUCCCGAAACUGGUCUACUUGCAAUAUCCUUACAAAUAUUUAAAGGCCAAAUUUGAUUUACUGCGACUGAAAUACCUUUGGGACCCUUCGUUUAAAGAAGAUGAAUUUAAGGUCGGAACAACACAGGCAGCAGUCCUGUUGACGAAACUGAUACGUGAUCAAAAUCUCACAGAGAUCAAUAACUUAACAACAACGUCGGGGUUCAAACAAAUUGCCAGAGAUAUGAUCCUAUCUCGUCAAGACCCCCGAAUGAAGUUGUUGAAAUUUCGAUUUUCCGAUAUAAAAAAAGCAAUACCAGUGCGUAUUUAUUUUGUGGAACGACAUGGACGAAAGCAUUGUAUCAUAGAUAUGUUCUUUGUCGGCAUGAGGAACAUCAAUGAUUUCGACUCGGACGAAAAAUCUGAGAUUCAAGAUUCUAUACGAAAAUAUGAUAACAAGCAGACAGACUCGAACCCUGAAACCGGGUCGGAUGUAGAUCCAACAUCUAGUAAACGACGGGUUGUGUUUGCUGAAAUCUUUACUAGAUUUUAUAGAGAAUAUGGUGUAGCUAAUCCAGACGAUUGGGCAGUCGCGUUUUACAAAAUUGCUACAUUUGACGUAUUGGCCUUCUAAAAUAUCUGCACUAAAAGUAUUCUGGAUAUGUUAGUACCCAAACUUGUUUAUUUCUACAAUUAUCUCCACUUCUUAUGUAAAAAUAAAAUGUUGAACAUAAAAUUAAAAACUAAUCAUGAUUAGUUUUUGAAGGCCAA